UCUUCCUUGAGGUAGCCCUCGGUGGCGGGAAAAGUAGUGAGGUUUUCGCGCCAGGGCGGAAUCUCCCUGAGUUGUGUGCGCGGCUUAGCGGGCGGAGAUUUGGGGCGGCGGCAUGGCGGGCACCGUGGUGCUGGACGACGUGGAGCUGCGGGAGGCGCAGAGAGACUACUUGGACUUCCUGGACGACGAGGAAGACCAGGGAAUUUACCAGAGCAAAGUCCGGGAGCUGAUCAGUGACAACCAGUAUCGGCUGAUUGUCAACGUGAAUGACCUGCGCAGGAAAAAUGAAAAGCGGGCUAACUGCCUCCUGAACAAUGCUUUUGAGGAGUUGGUUGCAUUCCAGCGGGCCUUGAAGGACUUCGUGGCCUCCAUCGAUGCGACGUAUGCUAAGCAGUAUGAGGAGUUCUAUAUAGGCCUGGAAGGCAGCUUUGGCUCGAAGCAUGUCUCUCCCCGGACUCUCACUUCCUGCUUCCUCAGCUGUGUGGUCUGUGUGGAGGGCAUCGUUACGAAAUGUUCCCUAGUUCGUCCCAAAGUUGUUCGCAGUGUCCACUAUUGUCCCGCUACUAAGAAGACCAUAGAGCGGCGCUACUCUGACCUCACCACCCUGGUGGCUUUCCCAUCCAGUUCUGUGUAUCCCACGAAGGAUGAGGAGAACAACCCCCUGGAGACAGAGUAUGGCCUGUCUGUGUACAGGGACCACCAGACCAUCACCAUCCAGGAGAUGCCUGAGAAGGCCCCCGCUGGCCAACUUCCUCGCUCUGUGGAUGUCAUUCUGGAUGAUGAUCUGGUAGAUAGAGUGAAGCCUGGCGACCGGAUCCAGGUGGUGGGGACCUACCGCUGCCUUCCUGGGAAGAAGGGAGGUUACACCUCAGGGACCUUCAGGACUGUGCUGAUCGCCUGUAAUGUGAAGCAGAUGAGCAAGGAUGUUCAGCCUUCGUUCUCUGCUGAGGAUAUAGCCAAGAUCAAGAAGUUCAGCAAAACCCGUUCCAAGGACAUCUUUGACCAGCUGGCCCGAUCACUGGCCCCUAGCAUCCAUGGGCAUGACUAUGUCAAGAAGGCAAUCCUCUGCUUGCUCUUGGGAGGGGUGGAACGAGACCUUGAAAACGGCAGCCACAUCCGUGGGGACAUCAAUAUUCUUCUAAUAGGUGACCCUUCUGUUGCCAAGUCUCAGCUUCUGCGGUAUGUGCUUUGCACUGCACCCCGGGCCAUCCCCACCACUGGCCGGGGCUCCUCUGGAGUGGGUCUGACAGCCGCUGUUACUACAGACCAGGAAACAGGGGAGCGCCGUCUGGAAGCAGGUGCCAUGGUCUUGGCAGAUAGAGGCGUGGUUUGUAUUGAUGAGUUUGACAAGAUGUCUGACAUGGAUCGCACAGCCAUCCAUGAGGUGAUGGAGCAGGGUCGCGUGACCAUCGCCAAGGCUGGCAUCCACGCUCGGCUGAAUGCCCGCUGUAGUGUUCUGGCUGCUGCCAAUCCUGUCUAUGGCAGGUAUGAUCAGUACAAGACCCCAAUGGAGAACAUUGGGUUACAGGACUCACUGCUGUCUAGAUUUGAUCUGCUCUUCAUCAUGCUGGAUCAGAUGGAUCCUGAGCAGGAUCGGGAGAUCUCAGACCACGUCCUUAGGAUGCACCGAUACAGAGCCCCUGGGGAGCAGGAUGGCGAUGCCAUGCCAUUGGGUAGUGCUGUGGAUAUCCUGGCCACGGAUGACCCUGACUUUACCCAAGAUGACCAGCAAGACACCCAGAUUUACGAGAAGCACGACAACCUUCUGCAUGGAACCAAGAAGAAAAAGGAGAAGAUGGUGAGUGCAGCAUUCAUGAGGAAGUACAUCCAUGUGGCAAAGAUCAUUAAGCCCGUCCUGACACAGGACUCAGCCGCCCACAUUGCAGAGGAAUACUCACGUCUGCGCAGCCAGGACAGCAUGAGCUCGGACACCGCCCGGACUUCUCCGGUUACUGCCCGAACAUUGGAAACUCUGAUUCGACUGGCCACAGCCCAUGCAAAGGCCCGCAUGAGCAAGACUGUGGACCUGCAGGAUGCGGAGGAAGCUGUGGAGCUGGUCCAGUAUGCGUACUUCAAGAAGGUUCUGGAGAAGGAGAAGAAACGUAAGAAGCGAAAUGAAGAUGAAUCAGACUCUGAAGACGAAGAAGAGAAAAGCCAGGAGGAGCAGGAACAAAAGAGGAAGAGGAGGAAGACACGUCAGUCAGAAGCCAAGGACGGGGAGUCCUAUGACCCCUAUGACUUCAGUGACACAGAGGAGGAAAUGCCCCAAGUGCAUACUCCGAAGACAGCAGAGUCACAGGAGACCAAGGAAUCCCAGAAAGUGGAGUUGAGUGAGUCCAGGUUGAACGCUUUCAAGAUGGCCGUCUUGGAUGUGUUCCAUGAGGCUCACGCGCAGUCUGUUGGCAUGAAGCACCUCACAGAGUCCAUCAAUCAGAAUAAAGAAGAGCCCUUCUCUUCAGAGGAGAUCCAGGCCGCACUGAGCAGGAUGCAGGAUGACAACCAGAUCAUGGUGUCUGAGGGCAUCAUCUUCCUUAUCUGAGGAGGACUCAUCUUUGAACUUGGUGUUGUGCCAAGAAAGUUUCUCUCAAGUAUCGUCCCCUCCCCCAAGUCUUUGAUCACCAAUAACUGUUUAAUUGACCGUUGUUAGGGACAUGGGUGAUGAAAUGCCAUUAGGACUCAGCGGAAGCUUUGAGAACAGAUAGUGAAGGCUGCUGUUGGCAGGAAGGGUGGGGAGGACCAGGCCUCCUGUGGAAGGACUGCUCAUACCUUCCAUUCCCUGAAGAGAUGCAGUGUUACUUUAUCUAAGGAACGUGAUGCAAGUUAUGUUUUGGGACAUAGGUGGUUUCUGUUUAUGCUUUCUGUGCAUGUAGGCUUUUUUUUCUUCAUUCUCCAGAGCUAUCUGUAGAAAAGGCUGAGGUAUUCUGUGCUGCAGAGGCUCUGAGGGCGGAACAAGAGCUGUUUCAGAAAGCUUUCUUUGUAAUUAGACUAAUAUAUAAUUUUGAGCUUAAUAUCCAGGACAUUGAAUAAACUUAAUAUUUUGUACACGUGA